GCCGGAGUCCAAUAUAUCACCAAGGACGCUUAAGAUUAAAGAGCGUUCGACAACACAGACUUUCAAACAAGAUGAAUUCCAUCUCGCAGUAUUUUUGGAGCGAAUAUUUCUGGUUUCCAUCAGGUUAUACGUGGAAAGAUCUCGAAAAUGCCCCUGGAAGUAAAGAGUAUCUGCCCCAGACUAACGAUAUAUUGUGGUCUAUUCCACUUGGAAUUCUUCUGUUAGGGAUAAGAUACAUUUUUGAACAAUAUUUAAUGACACCUCUAGGCUACUGGUGUGGGGUGAAGAGGAAUAAGAAAACUGUCCCAGUUACUCCUAACCCAGUUCUUGAAAGUCACUUUGAGAAAAAUGGCAUAACAUCAAACAAUAACUUAGAGUCUGUAGCUAAGCAAACUGAUAUGACAGUUAGAGAAGUAGAGAGAUGGCUGCGUAACAGAAAAGCCCAAUCAGUAACCAGUGACAUUACUAAAUUCAGGGAGUGUGGGUGGCAUUUUACAUUCUACCUGGGCAUCUUUGUGUAUGGUCUUGUUGUAUUAUGGGAUAAAAACUGGUUUUGGACAACAUCAUUUUGCUGGACUGGAUGGCCAAAAUUAAAUGUUCCAAGGGAGAUUUACUGGUACUAUAUGAUAGAGUUGUCAUUCUACUGGUGUCUUGUUUUCUCAAUGGUGACAGAACAUAAAAGAAAGGAUUUUAAUCAGAUGAUUAUUCACCAUGUUGCUACUAUACUGCUGAUGUCCUUCUCUUGGGCAACGAACUUUGUCCGUAUAGGUACGCUUGUACUUUUAACUCAUGAUGCAGCGGAUUUUCCAAUGGCGGCAGCAAAAAUGAUGAAGUAUAGCGGUCAUAAAAAGGCGUGUGAAAUAUUGCUGGGUGUGUUUAUAGUAGUAUGGAUCCUAUCCAGACUUGUUUACUAUCCAUUUGUAGCUUUAUAUUCAGCCAUCAUCGAAGCCAAUCAAAUUGUUGGGUCUUGGUUUGCCCAUUAUGUGUUUAUUGGCUUACUGCUUACCCUACAAAUUCUACAUCUAAUAUGGACGUAUAUGAUAGCUAGAAUUGCAUACCGAAGUCUCGUUCAUGAUAAGCUAGAAGACGUGCGCAGUGACUCAGAGGGUGACAGUGACUGAGACAAGGGCAAUCAAGACAAAGAUUUCAGGAGAAAAUUGGACCAACUUGAUAUAGAAGAAUGUCAAAUAGAAUCUCAAUCAUUCAGACUUGUAUAACAGUCUUCACCAAUGUAAAAUUCUCUCCACUCAUUCAUUUAAAAUAAAACAAAAAGAAGAAAAACUGAAAAAUAAACCCCUUCGAUUCUAUUUCAUUAUUUUAAGAAACAAAAUUGUUAACUUCAGAAUUAAUGAAUAUUACAUAUAUUUGGGUUUAACCAGUUCUCCUCAUUUAUAUCUAUAAAACUUUAACCAUACAAGUAUGCUACAUGUAUUGGUUGUAAUUCAGUUUCUCAGAAAGAGUUGUUUGGCAGACAUUACAAAAAUCUCAAUGAAUAUACAGGCAGGACUCUUUUUCUUCUUUUUUUUCAUCAAUGUUUGCAGUCUGAAACUUAGAAAACGUCAAAUGUUCAGUGUGCGAUAACUUUGUUUAUGUCAUAUUUACAUGAAUGAAAAUUGGCUCAGCUGUUUGUAGCUAUAGAAUGCACUUUCAUGCAAAGUUUCAUCACUGUGCUAAUACAGAAAUGAAAUUUAGCAUUGUAAAGUCUAAACAUUGUCAUUUUAUACUGUGUUGUAGAAUAGAAGCUGUUUGUAGUUUACUCAGAUGAAAUCAGGGUUAUAUAUAUCUAACAACCUACCACUUGUGUGUGACUUAUACGAGACUAGUAAUAGGUAGUGAGAGUUGUUACCUCUGCCACAUACACUAUAUAAUUGUGUAAUUAACAGAAGGUUACUAAUUAAGCAUCCAUCACAUUCUUUUGUUUUGAUGGUAGAUACUUGAUAUGUACUUUACCAGUCCUUUUUGUUUUAUUACGGGUAAAUGCCCAUUAAUUGUUUAAGUUGUUUAUAUGAGCUUCAAAGGUCUGACAACACCUGUACCUACAUUUCAUUUACUGUGUCGUCCUUAUCAGUGGCACAACUGUAACUGCUAUUGUUUUGUGUAAGAAAAAUUGUAUUUUUUGGUUUGUAUUUUUAUAUUUAUCUGGGCUAAUAUUUGGUGUACUGUGUAUAUGUUAGGUUUUAAUUAGAAUGACGACAUUUUGUAGGGCAAAUGGAUGUUGCGUAUUCUUCGUUUUUUUUCUGCCGUACUCUUGUUUAAGAUAACAGAAAACUUUCCCAGAGGAACCAGUAAAGUUUAAAACCUGCUAAAAAUCAUCCAUGAACAGGAUCCCACAGACUAAAGACCAGGGUCAAUUCUUAUAAAACUGCAAUUGGAGACCAGUCUAGAAAUUCUAGCAUGUGAUUGGUUGAUUCUGAGCACAAAUUUGAAAUUGACCAAUGACAAAACUGCUUUCUCAGACUGGUCUUAAAACUCAGUUUUGUGAUGUUGAAGGCAGUAGUUUAAUUUACCAUCAUUGCAUUUUAAGUGUAUUCUAACAUAUAUUAAAAUAAGUCUACUUGGAAAACAAAUAAGGAGGUUUUUGUCUACAAACAGUUGUGAUAUAACUGUGUUAAAAAGAUUUAUUAUAAGUUUUACAAUGCCCGUUUAUAUAAAAUGUCAACUUGUUUAAAAGCCUGUUAUUUGACUUGUUGGUAUAUUUACUGUUCUCGUUAGUGGUGUUAAUGUUGUUGUCAGUUAUUUUUGUGUUUUUUAUCCAACUGCUAGUGAGUAUUGAUAUAAUCCAAAUGUAUUUUUUUUUAGAUAUUAUUUUGACAUGUUGCUUUGCUAUGUUUAUGUUAGUGAACACUUUUCUGUGACAUAAAAAGGUUGUGUUGUGAUUUUACAUUACUUUUGUCUUCAGCUUUCCUUUAUAUAAAACCUAAAAUGAACUAGCUAAACUGAUAUUGAGGACCAGACAUUUAAUGCAACUUUGUCAUUGGUCAGUCUCAAGAUUAUGCAUCCAAUCAGACGCAGUGUUGACUGAUGUCCAAACUUAGGAUUAUAACAGGGGAACCAGACUUGAAGGUUUUAAAACAAGGGAAGAAAAAGGCAAAAUUAAUGAUUUACUGCCAUAAACAAUUCAUUUAUUGUACAAUUACUUGCUUUUUAUCCACUUUGUUAUAAAUGUUCGUAUUUUUAUAUUAUAUAUUUAUAAAUUUUGCUGUCUACAAGUUUCUUCAGGUGAUAUGUGCAUUCAGAUCAACAAAACAAUGGCCAACAUUACAUUCUAUUUCUUUUGUCUUCAUACAUGAAUUCAUUAUACAAAGAAAUCCAAGGACACGGUUCUUAAUAUGUUACAUAUCUGUAUAUCAGUAUAAACAAUAUACUGGUAGUGAUUCACUGUCACAGUUAAAGUCCUAUUGUGCACGCUAAAUGUGCACACAACUCCACAGAUUUAUUAUUUUUGGAACAUUAAAAAAUAUUUUCACCAACAUUUUGUAAGUAAUUAUACAAAUUGGAAUUAAUUGUGAAGUUUUGGGCACACUGAAAAAAGAUAUUCUUUUUAGCUCACCUGUCACAUAGUGACAAGGUGAGCUUUUGUGAUCACCCUUCGUCCGUGGUCAGUCGUGUAUGCAUCCGUCCGUAUGUCUGUCAACAAUUUCUUGUCUGCACGAUAGUGGUUUCAUUUAUGAUUUUAUUUUAACCAAACUUACACAAAACUUGUAUCACCAUAAGAUCUCGGUUCCUUUCUUGAACUGGCCAGAUCCCAUUAUGGGUUCCAGAGUUAUGGCCCCUGAAAGGGCCAAAAUUAGCUAUUUUGACCUUGUCUGCACAAUAGCAGCUUUAUUUAUGAUUUCAUUUUUACCAAACUGGCACACAACUUGUAUCACCAUAAGAUCUUGGUUCCUUUCUUGAACUGACCAGAUUCCAGUAUGGGUUCCAGAGUUAUGGCCCCUGAAAGGACCAGAAUUAGCUAUUUUGCCCUUGUCUGCACAAUAGCAGCUUUAUUUAUGAUUUGAAUUUAAUCAAACUUGCACAAAACUUGUGUUGCCAUAAGAUCUCAGUUCCUUUAUUGAUCCAGCCAGAUCUCCUAAUGGGUUCCAGAGUUAUGGGCCCUGAAAGGGCCAAAAUUAGCUAUUUUGACCUUGUCUGCACAAUAGCAACUUCAUUUAUGAUUUGAUUUUAACCAAACUUGCACACAACUUGUAUCACCACAAGAUCUUGGUUCCUUUCUUAAACUGGACAGAUUCCAUCAUGGGUUCCAGAGUUAUGGCCCCUUAAAUGUCCAAAAUUGGCUAUUUUGGCUUUUGCAGCCAUAAAGAGACUUCAUUUAUGGUUUUAUUUGAUACAAACUUCCAAAAUAUCUUCAACAACAAUAAAUCUUGGAUUCCAUGACAAAUCAGAUCCAUUCGUAGUUUCCAGAGUUAUUUUAUAUCUGAUUACCUCCCCUGAUUGUAGUCAAAAUGGAUUUAAAUCAGUAAGUAUUUACAGGACUUAUUUGAAAUUUCAUUAUUGUCAUUAGUUGGACCGAGGCAAUCAGGGUAUAUAACUAUGGACUGAUUUUAUUUCAAAUUACCUCCCUUUAUUUUUGAAAUUAAAAUGGGUAUAUCUCCGUAACUAAUGAAGAUACUGAUCUGAAAUUUCAUUUAUGUUAACAGAUUUAUUUGGCAGAUCCUUCUUUUGUUAUCUUACAAUAAUUUUCUUUUGAAUUACUUCCCUUUUACGUUACUGUAAAUAGCCUAUUUUUAGUAACUUUUUUAUUAUUGGCCGUAGGGAAAAACUGAGACCACUUUUCUGUGGUACAACAUGGAUGGUACCUCCAAUUUUUAGGUGUAUUUUGACAUAUCUUUACCUUGUAAGAAUUUUGUUUUUCUUUUUGGUUAAAUUUCUUUCCUUUGUUGUUCCUGUCCUUUGGACUUAGAUAUUUUUUCUGAGGACCUUCUUGUCCUCAAGUGCAAUGAUAACAGGUGAGCGAUAUAGGGCCAUCAUGGCCCUUUUGUUUAAUCUGAAUAAGUGGAAUUGUUACAAACUAGAAAUUAAAAGCAGAAAAUAUUUAAGAAAGAUCUUCAGAUCAUUUGUAGAUAGUAUAUCUUAUGUUCUUAAUUUUGAUAGUUUGAAGCAAAUUUUGAGGUUUGCCCAGUUAAACAUUUGUGAUUGCAUUUCAGUUCAUCUUAUAUUCAUUUACAGUAAGACUUGAUGGGUAGGAGUAAAAUCUUUCGGCCUCAGAAAGAGAGUAAACUUUAAUGAUUUUAUUUAUAUUCACAACAGUUAAAUGGUUUUCUGUAUAAUGCUCAAUAUUUACCUACAUGCAUGCUGCUUAUUUAUUAUGUCUCCCACCACACAGUGAUGUGGGAGACAUAUUGAUUUACUCCAGUCUGUCUGUCUGUGUGUGUGUGUGUGUCUGUCACAAAGCUUGUCUGCACUCUUUAAGUCGAACAUUUCUCAUCCGAUCUUCACCAAACUUCAACAAAAUGUGUCUGCCAAUAAGUGCUCGGCCAAAUUCUAUUACUAGCCAAAUCGGCCUAGGCACUUCGGAAUUUUGGCCCUUGAAUUACCAAAAAACACUCGGAUUUCUUGCGCAGUUUUGCCCCCAAACCGGCGCCAUCCUUUUGGUGUCAAGAAAGCGCAUGCACAUGUGGAUUAAGUAAACAGUAUAUAAAGACUGACUUACUAUUUAGGUGAUUAGGCAGUUGUGGGAGACAUGCGCUUUUCUCAAAAGCAUCUCUAGUUUACACUUACUACUGGAAAUAUUUUACACAUUCUACUGAAAAUAUGUUACACAUUCUAUUGGAAAUAUAUUACACAUUUGUGUGUUUGAUGUCUUUUUCUAAAAUGGGAUCAUUAUUCAAAAUAUGCUUUAAUGAUUUGUAUACAGUACAGGGAUACUUCUCUCAAAAAAUCAUGUCAUUAAAAUUUAUUCCAAAGGCCGUACGUAAUGUUUAAAAAAAUCUAUUAAACUUCAUUUUUGCAUCAAAUGUCGGAACAAGUUUUUUAUUGUUCCUCUGCUGAACAUAUAUUAACAUCUGCUUAAUGUGUUCUGUCCAAUUUAGGUUAAGGUUAUAUCAGCUAUUUUGUACUUCACUAUAAAAAAAACUGUAUGAGAUACCCACUUAGAGCAAAUGCCUCGCUAAAAAGACAGCAGGUGUUUCAUUUUGUGAAGAGAUCUGCUCUACAUUAUGUUACAGACAAUAGAACCACAUGCAAAUUUGUAAAGAAAAAAAUCUUCUAUUUAGCCUGUUAUUUGGGACUAUUCUGUUAUUUUUAUCAACACAUUAAUUUUAGAGCCAAAAAUUUGUAAACUUUGACCCGUAUGUUAUAAAAUCUUGCUGUAAGUUAUAAAAUUCUGUUACUACUGUAUUGAACAGUUUAUCAGUAUUGCUAGUUAUUGUGUGAUUACAUGAGCGCUAGAAUGUUCAAACUGUCUGUAUAUGUACUCAAAGAAACUUCUUCCAAACUUUUUAUCCAUUAUGUAUAUUUAACUGUCUUAUCAAAACAUUCCAUGUUAGUGUUUGACAUUUAUUUAUUGUUGUUUUUUUUUGCUGAUCAAAAUCUAUUUCAUGGUCUCUUUUUUUCAGAUCACAAACUAUCCCAUUCAAAGUACUUUUUACUGUACUAACUGUGUGUAUGUGCCUACCUUUUUCUAUAUAAUAUGUGUUGUUGUUUUUAGCUGAAUCAUUGUAUAGCUGAACAACAUAUAAAUGUGUACUACCACUAUAAAACUGCAAGUUUUUUAAACAAUCAAUUUUUACACUUUUAGUGUACACAUUUAGUACAUUACAAAUGAAGUCAUUAUCUUCACUCGGCUGUUAGUGUACACUUUUUGUACAUUACAAAUGAAGUCAUUAUCUUCACUCGGCUGUUAGUGUACACUUUUUGUACAUUACAAAUGAAGUCCAAUAUCUUCACUCAGCUGUUAGUGUACACUUUUAGUACAUUACAAAUGAAGUCCAAUAUCUUCACUCAGCUGUUAGUGUACACUUUUAGUACAUUACAAAUGAAGUCAUUAUCUUCACUCAGUGUUAGUGUACACUUU